UGCAAAACUCCUGAAGAGCUUCAAUCAUCUCCUGUAUUAUCUUAACAAGCCAUCCGUCGCACAGUGCGCCCACCGCCGAACACCAAUUCACAGUCCAAUUGUGCUCUGCCAACCAAGGCAGCACCACGGACGUUACAUCACAGUGCCUGCGCUUGCGUGUUCCCCAGACCUUCCUUCUCCACGCUCACUACCAACGCCCGUCGAAGCUUGUCUCGGCCUAGUUUCGUCUUUCCUUACUCACGGUCUACGAGGAGUUCUUGUAUUUUGAUACCCCAGCGACGUCAUCACGAUGGCUAAUACGGGCUUUGCUGCGUCCUUUUGGUCGCAAGACUAUGCGGGUGGCCUAGGAGUGCUAUUCGGAAAGCUGCAACAGGGCGUGCAGGAGAAUCAGCAGAUCCUCACUGUUGCCCGCCUGCGCGCAGACGCUGAAGAAUCGUAUGGGAACAGCCUGUCAGGCAUUACUCCAGCGACCGAGCGCAUAAGUGGAGGCUUCUCGAGAGAUGAGGGUGCAAGUGUGCGAAAGGCUUACGAAGGUGUGCGCACCGAAAUGGAGGCUGCUGCGUCCAACCACAAGAAGAUUGCCUCGAACAUCCGCGAACUCGUCAUAAACCCCUUCGGCCGCUGGUGCGAGGCGCACGCUGCCCGUGUGCAGAACUCGCAGGACGACCUCCAGUCGCGCAUCAAGAUCCACGACCGACAAGCUGACGCUGUGCGCAAGUUCCGUUCGCAGUAUUACAACAAGUGCCGAUUGGUGGAGGACCUGGAAGAGGAGGACAAGCUGGCUUUCCAAGAUCCUCAGAGCGAAGCACUCGCAAGUCCCAAGGCGAAGGUCCCUACGAUCAAGAUGACAGAGCCUGAGGAGAAUGAGGAGGAACCUAUCGAUCUGGGUGACGAGACCUACCAGCCUGAGCAAAUCAAGAAGAUCCUGACGCACAUGUUGGACAAUAUCAAGAUCGGAGAAGUCAAGGUUCCCAUCAUUGGAACCUACCAAAACUGCUCUACCGGCGCGGAUAUCACCGAGUACAUCCAGAAGCACCUUGGCGCAACCAGCGUCAGCUAUGCUGAGAGGAUCGGCCAGGAUAUGGUCACCCAUGGAUUUUUGCGUCUUAUUGGAAACGUUGGCAAUGCUUUCGCGAACAGCUCGCGCAUGAACUACCAAUGGAAAACGAAGGUCUUCACAAUGACGGGUGUCCCUGAAAAGAAGACACCCCUGGCACGUGCAGGCACCGCGGCGUCCACCAUGUCCAACGACAGCUUUAGCGUGGAUUCACCAGGUGGUGUCGUUCAGGAGUACCUCCAGGGCUGGAACCCACUCAAUAACCAGUACCCCAACGAGACGCCUCCAGAGAGGCUGCGACGAGAGGCUCGCGAGUCUGACGAGCGUUACAAAGCUGCUGUCAAAAAGCUGGACUCCCUGCGAUGCAACUUGGAAGAGGCUAUGAUUGAUCACCUGAAGUUCAUGGAGCGCUGCGAGUUGGACAGGCUGAAGGCCAUCAAGGCUGUCAUUCUUGACUUCUCUGGUGCCGUCAGCAACGUCAUUCCUAGCUUGCAGAGCACGGUUGACAAGAUGAUGCUGUUCCAGGAGACCGUUCAGCCUCUGGGCGAUCUCCGUUACAUGCUGGAGAACUACCGUACUGGGCCGUUUGUGCCCAAGGUCACGACCUAUGAAAACUACUACAACUCGGUCGACGAACAGACUUUCGGUGUAGAUCUCGAGGCACGAGCUCGCUCCGAUAAGAAGCGCGUUCCUGUCUUGAUUACCACAAUCUUGACAUUCCUGGACAACCACUACCCUGACCUUGAGGGCGACGAGGUUCGCCGCGGUAUCUGGCUUGUUGACGUACCCUUGUCUCAAACACACAACCUGCGAGCUGCCAUCAACACCGGCAAGAAAUUCGAGGAUGAAAUCCUUGAGAAGUACGAUAUACCCAUUGUUGCGAGCGUCCUGAAGCUUUAUCUUCUGGAACUUCCUGAUUCCCUUGUUUCAUCUCACGUGUACGAAAUUGUGAAGACCAUCUACAGCACAACCGCGACGGAUGUGGACGAAGCAACACGAGUCGCAGUCCUGCAGUCGACACUCGGUCAGCUUCGUCUCGCCAACAUUGCGACUCUCGACGCAAUUUGCACUCACUUUACACGCUUGAUCGAACUGACUUCAGCUGACGAGACGUACGUGGCCGCUUUGGCAAAUGCACUUGCACCAUGCAUCCUUCGCCCGAGGCUGGAGAACACCCUGACUAUGAACGAGCGCUACAGCUACCGCCUCGUGCGCGAUCUGUUUGCUCACAAGGAUGCUAUCUUUGGAGAGCUGAAGCGUGCUAGCACCCUCACUCACUCUGCUUCCGGCUCGCAGCGCCCUCGCGCCAUCUCCACUGAUGAAAGCAAUCGACGUGCCAACAUGGAGGAGCGUCAACGAGCUAUCGCCGCGCAACGAUCCCCUCGAGGCGUCUCACCUGGUCCCAGCAACCGCAGCAGCGGCUCUCACCGCCGUGACCGAAGUCAGACACGUUUCCCCGUGAACGCCAACAACUCACCCACCGAAGCACGGAAGGCUCCCACAAACCGUGGCUCUCUUGAGGUUCCUGACCCUGAUAGUCCCAGCGCCAGCGCUCCUGCUGCUACUACGAACGGCACAACAGAAAACGCAUCUGAAGCAUCUGCACCCUCGUCCUCAUCCGCACGCGCCACGGAGAUGUACGAGCCUACUCCUUUCUCGCCUGUUGAGCACCCGGCGCCUUCGAGCACACGUGUGCCACUAGCACUCGGCGGGAGGAAGCACGCUGGAAGCCUGGCGAGAGGCAACCGAGACUCGACAGGCAGUCUUAAGAGGGGAGGCAACCGCGACUCCACUGGUAGUCUCAGGAGUCUCGCCAAUGCCAACAAUGAAGAUGCGCCCAGCGGCGUCACACUUGAGGACCCAGCGCCUCGAGGAGUUACGCUGGAGGACAAGCCUAUGGAUGACUAGUGGUUGUUCUGAGCCCAACUCCAGCAUAAUAUACCUAACGAAGGACCGAUAGAUAUUGGGAGGAGAUUUUGAUGCCUAACGUUGUUACGGGUACGAUAUCAGCGACUAGCAUGUAAUCAUUUGUUGACCACUUGGCGGUUCUUUUGUUAAUACUGGCAAUGAUCAUGAGCAUAC